CUGCCUUAUUAUUCGCCCUUUCAUUUUUCGAAAUGUCAACUUAGCAUAUCACCCGUUGAAGAUGUCCCUGAUUUAGAAAAGACUGGAGAAUCCGGAACUUCUGUUGAUUCUAAUUCAAAUAUUCAGACCUCGCCUCUAAAUUGGGUCGAAGGACUCUAUCUUAAUUCUGGAUCAGUUUGGCAAGACAUAAAGAGAGAUUUUGCUGAGGUUGCAAAUGUCGCCAAAACUGAGCCAAAAAAUGUAUUUGAAAAGACGAGUGCCACUGUUUGCAGCCAUCUUUCUGGUGUUGCAGCGGCUGCAAAUCACUUAAAAUCAGAAAAAUCGAUUCAAGCCUCCAAAAGCACUACGGAUGUUGGCUCUAAAGGUUAA